AUGUCAGAUGAAAUCAUGAGUCAGUGUCACUUCAGCUACAUGGACGAAAGCAUACCAAUAAGCCUGGAAGAACUAGGA